AUGACAGAGUUGUGUGAGGGGAUUGGCAAUCUACAGGCACAAAAGGACACCACCAUGGCUCAACUGGCUUCUGUGGGACAAUUAGUCCAUGGCUUGCAAGAGUCCAAUCGACGUCUUGCCUCGGAACAAAAACAAUGCCGACAAGAUUCCAGCCGAACACUCACCGAGAAACAGGCUGCCAUGCUGACAUGCGAAAGCAAGUUGAUACGGGCCGACAGAGACGCUCGAAACUGCAAACGAGCCUUGGACGACAGCACUGCCGUCAAAAACGAAUUGUGGGAACGAAAUGACCAGUGCGUCGUGUUGGUGAGAGAUUCCAAUGCCGCAAUGGUCGAGCUGAUAAAGGAAAAGGAAAAGUUGCUGCAAGAUAAUAUGGAACUCGUGGAAAAGUGUAGACGGAUGGGUCCACUGAGAUUGUUACGACGACUGUUUGUGGGUGGUCAACGCCAAGAGAAAACGAAGCAACAAUAA